AUGCGCGCUCUUCGAGUUGCUAUCGGUGUUUCCGGCGGUGUUGAUUCAGCCGUCUCUGCGAGUCUUUUAAAGAAAGCCGGCCAUGAAGUCGUUGCAGUGCACAUGAUAAACUGGGACCCUCGUGAAGAAGGAACGUCAAAAUGCGACCAAUCUUUUGAUUCAGCUGUGGCUCGACGAGUUUGCCAACAUUUGGAUAUCCCCUACAAGACGGUGAACUUUGUACGAGAAUAUUGGAACGAGGUGUUUAGACAAAUGAUUGAUAACUACACGAUCGGACGAACCGUUGUACCGGAUAUUGCUUGCAAUCGCUUCAUCAAAUUUCAACACUUUCACGACUACUGUAUAAAGAAUCUUGACGCUGAUCUCGUUGCUACUGGCCAUUACGUUUCUACCUCGAUUGAAAGUGAAUUGAUGGCUGGCAAGAAUCCCUCAAAUUUGAAUGCCGACUUGUUGGCGGGAAUCGACCCAAUAAAAGAUCAAUCUUUCUUUUUGUGUACACUCAAACAGGAACAACUAAAACGCGCAUUGUUUCCGAUCGGGAAAUUAUUUAAAACACAAGUCUAUGAAAUCGCAAAGCAAGAAGGACUGAUUGAAGUAGCGAACAAGAAAGAGAGCAUGGGCAUAUGUUUUGUGGGAAAACGGAAGAAUUUCACAACUUUUAUGGAUCAGUACAUAGAGCCAAGACCGGGCCUGAUAAAAACGAUUGCUGGGAAAAUUGUCGCUGAGCAUACGGGUAUUCAUCAUUUCACUAUUGGAAAACGGGUACUUUAUCAGGGCGAUCACUUGGGGUAUUUUGUCGUCGAACUUGAUCCAAAAACAAACACCGUACUUGUGUGCAGUGGAUCACACCAUCCAAGGCUUUUUGCGCAAGAAUUUGUGAUCCGAACGCCCGAAUGGAUAUCGAUAAAUCCUUUGAAAAACCAUCUCGACGUGAGAUUUCGAAUUCAACGCACUCAUCCCGUAAUCAAAUGCCGUUUGGAGACAAGUCUCAAGGAUGGAAAAGAAGUAAUCACGGUAAAAACACAGAUUCCGGUUCGAGCCGUUGCCCCUGGACAGAUGUGUGUCUUCUACGCGGACCGCGUGUGCCUUGGCGGUGCGCAUACCGAAUUGAUCUUGUUGGUGAUCGUUUCCUCCACUCGUAUCCAACCAAUUCUCUACGAGGUUUUCUUUUGUUUCUCCGUUUUCGUUGAGCGUCUCGUCGCCACUCGAAAACUCGCCGUUUACGAGAAAUCGAAAUAUUGGCCUCUGUCGACAUUGUUGAUUCUGUUGAAUACUCUCGUCUCAAUCAUUUGCACCUAUGCGAUCAUCUAUUAUCUCUACGAUCACUACUUUUUGAUAUUGUUCAUCUUUUUUCCGAUCAUCGCUUUCAUCGCUUUGUUCUCGUUUUGGUGCCUCCAUCAAUUGUAUCUCUGGAAUCAUCGAGAAUUACAAACAAUGACAUCAUUUGUUGAAGUGAAAAAUUUUCACGAGAAAACCUAUGCAAACGAUGCGUAUUUGAGUCGACGAUUUCAGUUGACCGAAAAUAUUGAAGUGUUGAAGUUAAUGCACACGAUUUUUAAAGUGCACUCGGUGUGCAGUCUAGUCGGAGUAUUUCUCAGCGGGAUUCCCAUGGUUUUCCUCGAUUUCAACACCGAAAUCGCGCAAAUGAUGCUCGUUUUUUUCGAUUUAGUUAUCAUUGUG